UAAGUUAUUAGAAUAAUGCAAAAUCAAAGAAUUAGCAAUUUAGUAGACUAAGUAAAAAAUAAUUGCUAAAAUCGUAUGUAUUCUACUAAUUUCUUCUUCUUCUUUCUUUACAAGUAAUGUGAAUUGUGGCGAAAAAAGGUAGAAGAAGAAUGAUGAAAACGAAAUAACUCAGAUUUUUAAUACAUCACUAAAGUGUUUUUUUGUCUUAAUAUUCAUCAAAAAUUUUUACAUUUACAGAUUCUAAGGAUACAAUUGUAAUUAAAAUAAAUUCACCUAAGGCAACAUUAAAUUAAAGUCAGUGUGAAUAAUAUGAAAAGUUUAUAUUAUGGUGCGUUCAAUUAAUUAAAAUCGUCAUAUAAAAUACACACAAAAUUAUUUGUGGGACUGAACGAAUUUAAGUGCAAAACAAGAAGGCGGAAAUUGCAAAGCAAAGAAUCGAAGAAGUGAAACACAGUAAAACUGCAAAAACAAUAGAAUAGAAAGUGUUCAAACAAUGUUUGAAAUUAAAACAUAUAAGAUAAUUGUGCAUAAAGGAAUCAUUAACUAUAGUAAUAAUAAAACUUAUAAAUUAAGUGAUAACUUAAUGAACGGCAAUAUUUUCAACUAAAAAACUGAAAGAAAAAAAAAACAAUUGUAUUAAAAAGUAUCAAAACUAUAAAAUAAUAACUCAAGAAGCACACGCCUUUGCGCACAAGUGUGUUUACUGCACACCAAUGGAAACAACCACCUUUUAGUUACUUACACUACUACUGCAACUGAUUAUCAAGAAUAACGUCCAGAAAACAAAAACCAAGGAAAAGAGUCAUUAACAAAUCAAAGUUCUAUAAAUAUUUGGAAAAAAGUUAUUUUGACGAUCACAGAAAUUCCCGCUGCAUAUUAAUCAUAUAAAAAUGUCUAAAGCAGAAACAACCAAGAGAAACAUAACAACAAUAACAAUAUUCACUUCAAUACCAAUCUAUUUAAUGGACUUUUGAAAAUAGAAUACUCAUUACAUAGUAAGUAACUCCGGUUACAGUUACAACAAACAACAAGUAGAAAGAUUAAUAUACAAUAAAGACACAAAUAUUACACAUACACAACAAGACAGACGGACAGACACAAUUUUUAAAAGAACACCAUAAACAUACAUUAUUUGUAUGUAACUUAGUGUCUAUAAAUUUAACAACGAAAUAAAUACAUGUGUUUGCUUCCGUUUAUCCUGCACAAACAAUGUCACAAAGAGGUAAACGCGGUAAUCAUUUACACCACCCACGACUUGAUGUUGAGCCGCAACCUCCUCCCACAAAACGACGUAAAGGUCGACCUCCCAACGGUGGCGGCGGAGGUUUGGGCGGCGGUCUCGGCGGAGGCGGAGGAAGUGGCGGUGGGCCCGGCAAUAAUAUAAAUUUUCCCGGCAAUCCAGUAAAUGUCAAUUGUGUUAGACCCAUAAUAACAAGCAGUGCGACAUCGGUAGACCUUGAACCCAAUCAGCACGCUGCCGUCGGUGGCGAAGACAUUAUCAGUUCUACUAGUGCAAAAGCUGCAGGUAGUCAAGGAUCAUCAUCAUCUGUAGCAACGUGGCAGGCACGAUCUGUUUCAGACAUAAAAAUGUCUAGCAUUUACAAUCGAAGCUCAACGGAAGCUCCAGCUGAACUCUAUCGUAAGGAUCUCAUAAGCGCGAUGAAAUUGCCAGAUUCUGAACAAUUAGCUAACUAUGAAUACCUCGUUGUAAACGAUCAAUGGAAACAAGAAUGGGAACGAGGCGUUCAAGUGCCAGUAAAUCCGGAUUCACUUCCCGAGCCAUAUGUUGAAGUGCUGACAGAACCCAUAGUGCCACCUGCUCAUGAUUUUAAACUUCCAAAAAAUCGCUUCCUGCGCAUAACUAAAGAUGAGAACUAUUCACCCGAAUUGCACUGUCUUACAAAUGUUGUUGCUCUAGCCGAAAACUCCUGCGCUUACGACAUCGACCGGGUUGAUUCGUCAUGGUUGCAUCUUUACAAUACUGAUCGCAAACAGUAUGGGGCAUUCUCCAUCAGUGAAACACAGUUUGAGCGUGUGAUAGAAGAAUUAGAAAUACGUUGCUGGGAGCAAAUUCAGGUCAUUUUGAAGAAUGAAGAGGGCCUCGGUAUCGAAUAUGAUGAAAAUGUCAUAUGUGACGUAUGUCGUUCGCCUGAUUCGGAGGAAGCUAACGAAAUGGUUUUCUGUGAUAAUUGCAAUAUAUGUGUACAUCAGGCGUGUUAUGGUAUUACUGCUAUCCCAUCAGGUCAAUGGCUCUGUCGAACAUGUUCAAUGGGAAUCAAACCGGACUGUGUUUUGUGUCCGAACAAAGGUGGUGCAAUGAAGUCAACCAAGUCGGGCAAACAUUGGGCCCACGUUUCGUGUGCGCUGUGGAUACCAGAAGUCAGUAUUGGAUGUGUUGACCGCAUGGAACCAAUUACAAAAAUUUCAAGCAUUCCAACAAGUCGGUGGGCUUUGUUAUGUGUUCUGUGUCGCGGCCGAGAUGGUGCUUGCAUACAGUGUUCGGUAAAAACAUGCAAAACAGCAUAUCACGUGACGUGCGCCUUCCAACAUGGACUGGAAAUGCGUGCAAUCAUUGAGGAGGGUAACGCCGAAGACGGCGUUAAACUUCGAUCGUACUGUCAUAAGCACAGCGUAAGCAAGGGCAAGAAGGAGGCGAUUAACAAAGGAGUAAGCAGUACCAGUUGUAAGAAUAGACUGACAGCGGGAAUUGGGUCUGGCACAGAAGAUGAUGAUUGUCGGAGGCGUAAGAGUCGAAAAUCCGAUAUGACAUCUGAGGAACGUAAUCAAGUUCGGGCACGUCGUCUACAGGAAGUUGAGUCUGAAUUUGAUAAGCAUGUUAACAUUAAAGACAUUAGUUGUCACCUUUUUGAUGUGGAUGACGAUGCCGUUGAGGCCAUUUACAACUACUGGAAGCUUAAACGAAAAUCGAGAAACAAUCGUGCACUUAUCCCUCCCAAAUCGGAGGAUGUUGAAAUGAUAGCUCGCAAACAAGAGCAGCAAGAUCUCGAAAAUCACAAGUUAGUAGUUCAUCUAAGGCAGGACUUGGAAAGGGUUAGAAACCUUUGUUACAUGGUCAGCAGAAGAGAAAAACUCUCACGUUCUCUUUUCAAACUACGAGAACAGGUAUUUUACAAACAAAUAUCCGUACUCACCGAUGCAAAUACGCAAUCAAGUGAUGCGAACGAAAAAAGCGACGAACAAUUUAAAAAUGCAGUCAUUUAUGCCAACGAUGGUCCGACAUUAUAUGAUCACUUUUAUUCGUCGUGCGACAAAAAUACACCCACACAGUACCAAAGUUUAGAGUUUAUUUUGGAGAAACUCCUGGGUAGUGCCAAAAGCGGACCAAAAGCUGGCACAAAGGCUUCUAGAGCCUCAACAUCAACAUCAAAACGUGCUACUACUAAGACAUCCACGAACUCUGCAUCUACUUCAGCGAAUAGUACGAGUUAUUCGGCUGGUAAAGCAUCAACAUCCCCAAAUAAAAAAGUUAAUAAUGGCGGUGUCAUAUCUAGUAAGGCAUCUGCCCUGAUUUCCUCUCCGACCGAGAAUGUGGAAAAGCAAUCGGCAAAGAAAAUCACUAAUAGACGUUCUGCUCCAACUGCUGCACCAUCCACACUUACAACGCCGACGUCAGGGCAACGCACGAGUUCAGGUCGCACCCCGUCAUCAAAGACGACGACGGCGUCAGCGUCGGCGAAAACAAAAAAUGCACCAAACAGUUCUGAUGAUAGUUCAUCGUCCUCCGGCAGUUCGUCAUCGGACGAUGACGAUUCUUCGUCGGACAAUGGCUCCAGUUCGGGAAGUGGUUCUAGCUCUGAGACUGAAAGUGCAUCUAGUUCAUCGGACUCUGAUUCGUCGUCAUUGAGUGGCAGCAAAGUUACUUCGUCCAGAGCAAAUAAAUCCCUCAAAAAACUAAGUCCUUCAAAGAAAAAAGCUAAUUCACGGUCUCUCGAAGUGGGUGCAAAACAAAGAAGGAAGAGUAUCACUCAGUCCAAAGCGGAAACAGAAACCAACAAAACAUCAACAACAAAGUCGACUAAAGACUUCCCCAAAGUUGAUAUUACUACUGUGCUUUCUAGUUCCAGCGAGAUUGAAGCAGAGGCCAAUAAGAAUAAGAAACAAAAAGUUUCAGUACCUGUUAAGCAAUCCAGUAAUAAUACGUCUGAGACUGAAGCUGGUGUUACCAAAGCAACAACAUCGCAGAGCACAUCCAAUUUACUUUUAUCUCAAUCGGAGACUAACAAAACUUCACUAACGAAAGAAAACUCAAGUUCAUCCAGUGAUGAAAGUAUCGAAGUAACACCAAAGAAAUGUAGGAAACAGUUAACUAAGUCAAUGGAUUCAGGAAACAAGGAUUAUAUAACAAGGAAGAAAGUAACAGAAUCCUCAGUAAAUCGAAAAUUAAUUGAACAAAUUUACUCCGAUUCGGAUAGUUCUUCGGAGUUGGACAACAAAGAAAAAGAAGAACGUGCGGCCGAGAGUAAUGUCAGCGAUUCACAGAAUCAACAAACCAUACGAACGAAAGCAGCAAUGAAAGAGUUCACUCUGCAACAGCAAACAUGCAGUAAAACACAAAAAGAUUUAUCCACUAGCGGAAAUUUGGAAAAACUAAAGGAGAUCCAAUCCAACUCGCAUAAAAUUUCAAAUGAUAUCGUUCAGCAGAAACCGCAAAAGUUAAGUUCUGAUUUGCUAGUAGUCCCUCAACGACAAGCAGCUAAAAAGGCAUCAGAAAACAUGAGAUCAACCAACUCAAACAUAUUAACGGGAAUGGGAUCGUCAUCGUCAUUUGCCAACACUUCGAAUACAGGAACAUUGCAACGUGAUGUAGAGGUGAAACAUCGAGAAACGACUAAACAGAAGGAAAGUGUCAGUGUAAAAUCAGAUGACAAAGUGGAAAAGAAGAGUAGCACAAUUAAAUCUAACGACCAACUGGUUGAGAAGCCAACGAUAAACAAACGUGGACGUCCCCCAAAGAUUAUAAAAGAAGCUGCCGAGCCUAGUCAAACAUCCUCAGCCACGACUUCAGAACAAACUGCUGGCCCAAGUCGUGCUAAAGAACCUCAAACUUCAAUGGACCAAGAAACUAAAAAGGCAGCCUCCACUACAGCGCAAACAAGUGAUGAUAAGCUAACACAAAGUAGGUCUUCGACUACUCUCGAGUCAUCAAAAUCAAAUGAAAAUGCUAAAAACAACAUACUCGUGACGUAUGUUGUGCCACAAAGGCAAGCAGCAAAGAAAGCGGCAGAACAACUGAAAAAUAACAAUAAAACUCCACAAGCCAAUACAGAGGCAGCAGUAACUGCGACAAAUGUUGCAGAUGACAAAGAACGCGUCAACAGCAUUGAAAAGGAGACAAAACUUAAAACUCCAGAAGAUCACAGUGCUAAAGCUGCACCGACACGUCGUAUGUCUACGCGGGAGGCUACUUCAAACUUAUCCAGCAAGCAGGAUGUGCCAGUAGCAACUAUGACUGCCAAGAAAACGCCAACAAGUAGCAGGCAACGAGCAAAAGACGAACCACCUAUUCAGACUACAAUUAACACGACGCCUAAACGUCCUGCACAGUCGAUGGAUAAGAAACGUAAAGUAUCUAUAACAUCCAGUUCGGAAAGUGAUUCUAGCUCUUCGUCGUCUUCCUCGGACGGUAGUGAUGACAGUUCUAGCAAUAGCGGCAGUAGCUACUCAUCUUCCUCAUCCGACGAUGAGGAUGCCAGUGACGCUGAAGAAAAGCGGCUUGAGGAACGUGCUGUUUCCGAUACAACGAAGCAAAAUGUCCGCAAAUCGCUUGACUCUAGAACUAUGGUUUCUCAACAAAUCUCCAGCAGUGAUAACAAGAUAUCUUCUAAGUUGCCUUCUCAAAAACAAUUAAAGCGAAAUGUUAGUAACUCUUCCUCCAACAUUGACGAGCAAAGUCCAAAUAAAUCCAGCAUUCAAACUCGCAGAAAAUCGUCCCAAGUUGAAGAGCCAGUGCAGAAAACUCCUGAAAUUAAAACUACUUCGGAUUCACAAGCUGAAGAUAAUUCAACAUCCAUGCCACAGCCUUCAUCUCCAUCACCAGUAGCCACGCCUAUUACACAGAAUAAGAAAUCAGAUGAGGAAGAUGAAGAACCAAAGAAUGAAAUUGAUAGCAAUAAUACAAAUAAGAUUCAAGAUUCCCAGGUUGAAUCCGAUAAAGAAGCGGCAUGUGAGAAAUCAACAUCAUCUAUUCAUAUUACUGCAGAAAUAAACACUGCACCUGAAGACGAGAGUUCUGAAAUGAAAAAUCCUGUGACUACAAGUGAUUUGCACGAAAUUAUCAAGGAUAAUAUCAACACAAAUGAGGAGAGACGGAUGAAUGAUGAUGGCAUUAUUGUUGAACGUAUUGAAAAUAAUGAAACAUUAGUGGUAAAUAGUAAUAGUGAUGUUACGCUUAUUGAGGACAAACCUACUUCUUUAGUAAGUGUAGAUUUAUGUUCUGAGGUUCCCAUGGAUAUUGAUGAGGAACUCACAACUGCACCAACACAUACUAGCUUGCCGUCAGGUGAUCACAAUAGUUCUUUAUUAAAAACUGACGAUCUUUUAGUCAAUCUUGAUCCACCGCCUGCACCAGUGCCAGCUUCACCAAUUCCCUCAUCAAGUUCGAGUUGCGAAGAAAAUGACGAUCAAUCUAAUGUCAGUAAUGACGACCAAGAGAAUCUAGAUUCAACUCACACUACCAAAUCUCGAAGAACCAUCCCUGGCAGUCCUCCCAUUUCGGCCGAAGAAGAACACACACAUCACACUCAACAUCUGCUCAAUGAAAUGGAACUAGUGCGAGCGUUAGAAGAGGAACGUAAGAAGGACUUGGCAGCUGCUAAUGCUGAAGAAAUGAAGUUUGGCGAAUCAAAAUCUCCCGGAGUAGCAGUCAUUGCCCCAGAACCAUUGGAAAUAAUAGAUCUAGAUUCAAACUCCAAUUCGGAUCAUAUGGCUUCUCCACAAAAACAACCGUUAGAUGUUCCUACCACACUGGAACUGAAUACGGCGCCAUUAGAAAUCUCUCCAUUAUCUUUUGGCAAGUCUUCUCAAAUGGAAUCAAAUAAAAAUCAACAAAAUAUCGAUUCGUUAGAGCAAGACACUAAACUACAAUCUUCGUUAAGCCUUUCAAGAACUUCUCCCUCUACUACUAAGGUCUCCUGUGAUCCAUUACCAAUCAGCACACACACUUCAACGCUUGAAAGUGCUCAUCAUCCUAUAGUAGAUACAAUACUUGAUCUUGAAGAUAAUGCAAAGAAGAAACGGGAAGAAAAUCAGCAGCAACAAAUGCACAGUUUCCCAAAUGAGCUCUUGAAUACGUCUCCGUUUGGCAGUCAUUCAGUUGGACACGUUUUAGAUGCACAUUCUGAGAAUUUAAACAAUCUUCUGACGAACGACAGCAAUAUUAGAAAGGAUAUUUCCGAGGAAGACAGUUUCCAAGCAACGAGAAAUCUCUUGGAAAAACUCAGGAAAAAACGUAAUCGCGCAGACGAACCUAAAGAACCAGAUCUUAUGUUGCCACCACCAACGCCAGCCAUACCAUCCGUAUUUCCCUUUCACAACGCAGCCGAUCCGGAAGAUAUUAUUCAUGCUCAGAAGGAAAACGCUAUGUCAUCACUCGAAGCAAAUAGUGCUGGUCAUUAUAACAUUGAAUCUACACAACCAACUCAAACAACAACUCCACAAACACACAAUAGCCACAAUUUGUUAGUCAGUUCAUCACCAAAUACAGCAGCCGUUCCGAACAAAGAUAAUAACCUGGAUAUUUAUGGCAAUAUGUCCCACAACAGCUCGGCCGAUUCAGCAAGGACAUCGGCUGAUGCAGACAACAUUUGUAGCAUGAGUAAUACCUUGUCGUUGUCCACUUACAUAGAAGGAAAUGGUCAAUCCAUGCAGUCGCAACCACAACUACCAAUUUCACCUAUGCAACAACAUUCUGCACAACAUACACCAACACCCCAUCAUCCUCAUCAGGGCACAACACCUAAUUCCAAUUACACACAACAACAGCAACCACACACACCAGCCCAGCAAACAAAUGUGGCCGAGCUGACGUCGCUAAUACAAAACGAGCUGGCAAGCCAAGCAGCAACCUCUUCGUUGAGUAAAACUCCAACAAUAGAUGCAUUUGGUUCUAAACAAAACAACAAUACCAUGUCUUCCAAUGAUGUUUCGGCUGAUCGUGUCUCAGGCACAACGCCUGAUUUUGUGGACUUGCAUGCAGCGGCAGCAGCCUCCUCAGCUUCGAUUGGUAGCAAUAAAUUAGUGGUCGAUUGUGACUUUGACGAAAACACACGCAUGCAAUCUCCUUACACGAUGCAGGCAAAUCGUAUCUGGAAUGAAAAUGAUUUAAUAGCAGCAAGGAGAUCCACGUCACCAAGCUCAGUGUCUGAAUCGAAUGAUCAAUCGCCCUCGAUUGAUUUGCAACCGCAACAGCAGCAGCAGCAAACAUCAGUUCAACACCAAAUUCCCCUCCAAAAUACCCAUGUUCAGUCGCAACAUACAAUUGCACCAAAUGUGCUCAACAACAGCAGCAGCGCCAGCAAUAGCAACGCCAUUAACAAGAACUCCUUCUUCAGUUCUAUAAACAACUUCGCAUUGACCUCCUCCUUCCAACAGCAUCCACUGCAAACGCAAAAUCAACUGAACCAGCAAACGCAACAGCAGUCUUCGUUACCAAAUGGCAUAGACUCGAUGAUAUACAAUCAAAGCUAUAACAGUUCAACAGCCACGACCCCAACUUCGCAAGGAACACCUCAGCAACAACAAUCAAAUGUACAGCAGCAGUCUAGAACCCAACAGUACAACGGUUCAGUUGGUUUGUUUCAUGACGCGGCCUCAAAUUUGCCUAACAUUAAUCAAAUACCAUUUGUAUCAAAUGAUGGCAGUUCUGGAACUGGAGCAAGUGUAAUGUAUCCCGCUGGACCGGGUAUAGGAAAUAAUGUGAAUGCCGGAUCUAAUAGUGGCAACCAACAGCAGUACAACUCAAACACAGCUAUUGGCAGUACUAACACGUCGGGUGUUCAGUACAGUGGUGCAGCAUUUACAUCUUCGACGCACAAUAUUGCAUUGACGGCGGCAAUUGUUGGAGUUUCUGCGUCUGGCAGUCUCAUCGACCACAAUUCGCCGCGUCACCAUCAAUUGCGACCUACCCAUCAAUUCAAUCUAACAUCACCGAAUAAUGCCAACACAGCAACAUCAUUCAAUAGCAUGCAUUUGGGAAGUUGUGCAGAGAGCAUGAUGGCCAGCAGUCAACCGACCUCCCAUCACACAACUCCAACAAAAGACUCACCCUCAAAGGCAAAUCGUUCGUCGUCUCGAUAUAGUCAGCAAACACAACAGCAGCAACAGCUGCGAAGUUCACAUAAAUCUCCACAAGUGACUCAACCCAAAUCUCCUGGUAAAUCUCCUAGACAAAUGGAAUUGCUUAGCAAACAACUGCAGCAGCAGCAGCAGGCGCACACUUCUCUGACAGAAUUUACAAAUUUGGGUUCCAAACCUACCAAAUACGAUCCCUUAACACAUACAUUAGCCGGUAAACCGCGCCAAAGAGCGCCUCGUGGUACAGGAAGCGGUUCUCGUGGCCGUGGCAGAGGACGAGGACGUAACCGAGGUGGAAGUGUACCAAAUGCAUUGAUACCUCUACCAAUUCCCAUGUCUGAAUAUGUGAGUGCAGAUAAUCUGGUCGGUACACCCUUCGAGUUCAGUUACGAGGAAGAAAUGGCAGCACCUGGCAUGGAAAAUCUACAGUCGCUACGCGAUCGUCGCCGUUCUUUCGAUUGCAGAAAUGCCCAAAAUUCAGAAGGUCUAAAAUAUCGUAGUCCCAGCUACAAUGCAGGAGCUUGUAAAGUUCGACACAAUGCAGCAGGCUCAACGUCGGUAACAGUACCAGCAUCCGCAUCGAGCACAGAGUCAAUAGUUAACUGCAACAACAACAUUAAAGGUAGUACGACCACCAAUCUGCAUUCAAUUGUUCAACCCAUGUUACCGGGACCUGUGGACAUGCGUACAUACAACCUGGGCUUUGAACCCCAACAUUCCAGUGCGUCUCAAGAAGCCUACAACAAUAAUUUACUUGGCGCCUUCGAUUCGGGUACAGCUGAUCAAACUCUCUCGGAGUUUGAUGAGGAGGAUGAGCGGGAAUUCCAAUCAGCUUUAAGAGCAACGGGUACGACAAGUUCAAUAACUACAGCAAAGCAAUUGCAAAUUUCUUUGUCAUCCUCAAUAAAUACCUCGUCAAUGGGAACAGCGAAUGCUGUUGAUUCGGUAGCCAGUGCCAACAACUCCCUUAUACAAACAUAUUCAGAAACGAUGGCCACUACAACGGUUGCCGGCAUAUCAAAUGCUCAAGGUUCGGCAACGAGCAUGAGCGUAGCUGCAACAACCAAAACCUGCCCGUCAACUAACAUCACGACAGCAAUGAUUUCGGCCGAAUUGGUGACAGAUUUGCAAACGUCCAUGGAAACCACAUCUGAGGAUGUUUCGAUUGAUUCGGACACUACUUUAACUACCAAAGCCUCACUGUCGGACUCUCGAAACCAAUUGAAACUCAAAAUUAAGGGACCCUUAGCCUAUCCUGACAGUUAUCACAAUUCAAAUGUAAUUACACACGCUUCUACAUCCGUGCAAUCAAAUAUCAGCAAUGUCCAAUCUAUGGCUUCCACUAACGCCACUAUAAGUGCUUCAGUGAGUGGAAGUGGCACCAACUCUAGACGCAUGCGUAAGAAAGAGCUGCUUAGUUUGUAUGUGGUGCAGAAAGACAAUCAUGGAGAUGAUUCGUCGUGUGGUUUGCCUCCUGCCGAUUCAAAUCUUCUCUCAAAUGUCAUGUCGGAAACCAUCAGAAAAACUGAAAGUGUUUGCAGUGAAGUGGACGAGUAUGGGUCAGAAUUUACAGCUGGCUCAACGAGCAGCAAACGCUUCAAAAAGAACUCUAGUCGAGAACUACGUUCUCUAGAUAUUAUGGUGGCAGAUAUGAACGAUAUGACGGCGGUAAAUCUAGGUGCUGAUGGUCGCAGACGUAGCGGUUGUUCGUCUGGAAGUGCGGAAAAUAGUGUAGUAAAAAUAGGCGCGGCUAGCAGUGCAGGAAAAAGACGUGGCAGAAGUAAGACUCUCGAGGGAGCCGAAGAUGAGCCUGCUCCAAAACUAAAAAUCAAAAUUCGAGGCCUUGCCGAGGGCAAUGCCAGUGCCACUGCCACAGUCGGUAGCUGUGAAAGUAGCUUUAAUAAUUACGAAGUCGCCCGCAGAUCUGUUGCCUGUCCACCAAAGAAGCGCUUGACCUCGAACUAUACUCCCACAUUGGAAGAUUUAAUGCGAGAUUCGAUGAAUUACCGCGACCAAGUUAUGCAAGAGUUUGGUGGAGACGACGAUGAACGUACAAAACGAACAUCAUCUACCUUUAACACAACUGCAUCUAAAACACUCGCUGAUCCAUCAACACAUCAGAAGAAAAUGAAAUCGUCAAAGUCUAAAAAAGAGAAAAAGGAUAAAAAACGUCACAAAAAUAAAGAUUUCGAUGAUAAUAUGAGCUGCAUUAGUGGAGCGAAUAACAGCAUGAUUACCACAUUGAUCGAACAGCCAACAAGUGCAUCUCCCGGAGAACCACCAAAAUUGAUAUUGAGGAUUAAUAAACGCAAAGCAGAGUCAACGGCCACAGACACAAGUAGAUCAUCGCCUGCCACAGCCAACACAGUAUUGUCACCCGAAGGCCCCUCUGCACCCAUACGGCUCAAAUUGGCACGUGUAGCAGAAGGUGGUGGCUACGUAAUAGGCGACAAAAAGCGUAAAAAAGGCAAAAAGUCUAAUUCAAUAGCAAACACAGAAGAUUUGGCAAAUGCAAAUUCCAACACAAGCUGCAGCAAUGCAGUGACCACACCUGUCUCUAUAAACGAGAUUGAAAAGUUUACCGAAGACGCUAAUGCUCGGCUGGGCAUGGCAACAUCACCAGCAGCAACGUUUACAAAUUACACAGGAAGUGAUGUUGGUGUGGGCGAGCCACCCUCAAUGGCAGAAACUGAUGCAGAUGCAGCUAAAGAUUCAAGCACACCCUCGCCUUGUCUGGUAAUUGACUCGAGCAAGAGCAACGAUAUACACGACUCUUCGAACACAGCCAGCUCUUUAAAUGAUAUAUCGGCGCCUUGUAUCUCCGAAUCAAUUCAUUCUAUGGCAGUUACACCAACCGCCGUCACAAUGGUAUCGCGCAAUUGCAAUGACAACAGCAAUAGUCAAUCCUCUGCAUUGAGUAGUGGUCACAGUCGUCUUAGUAAUUCAAAUUCAAACUCUUUGAUGAGCGCCACCCAUCAGAGUCAAGCUAGCACUGGGAACAGCAGCAGCAACACAACUAAUCAAAACAACCAUACCAACACAAACAACAGCAGCAGUAACAGCAACAGUGGUACCGGCAGCAGUAGCAUACUGGGCUUGCAAAAGAAUUGUGAAGUUAGAUGAUGAUAAGUGAUGGAUUGUACAGUAAAAAAAUUUAAAAGGUCUCCUUAGGAUAUAGAUAUUUGCUCAUCUUGAUGUUUGGGUUAUGGCUAAAGUACCAAGCAACCAACCAACCUGUACAUAGUGUUUCUGUUAUAUUUGCCCCUGCAAUUCAUGCAUUAGCUACUGACCAUAUUAAGUUUCUUCAAUUUAUGUUAAAUUGCUCCUCAUUUUAAACUAACUGUUCGUCUACUUUAAAAAAGCCUUUAUGAUCGUUAUUGUCGAUUGUGUAUUGACUCCUCCCUCCCAUUACAUACGCUUAAAUGAAAUUUGUUGUUAAAUUUAAAUCCGUUUAGUACUGCAAAUAACCAACUAUAAAUUUAGAUAAGCAAAUAUCUUUCAAUAUCGAGGCAAGGAGGAUGACAUGUUGUUUCCUAAUUUACACCAUUAACACAUAAAUAGUUAAAUUUAGAGAUGAUAUCAUCGAUGAUUACAAUUGCAAUAUCAAAUAUUGCAACCUUGUUCUGCAAUAUUUUCAAACCACUUCAACAUAUUGGUUGUUUGUUGGUAUAUCUAUUAUCAUCUGUUGAAUCUGAACGGUUAAAAUGAUGUACUACCUACCAACCAACCAACCACUCUACUAUACUAUGUUUUAUCGAAUAGAGCAGCAAGUCUGUUACGUAUGUAUUUUAUGUUUUCGUAGCUUAAAACUAGGCAAGGAUAAUAGUAAACAUCCUCUUAUGUAAAAAGUCCUCUAUAAAGUUGCAGCAAAAUAAUAAAGUUAUAAUACAAAUUAAUUUUAGUAAAAAAAAAACAUUAUAGUAAAAUUUUAAGAAACUAAAAAAAAGAUAUUUUAUCGCUAUAAGUAAAAAAAAAAGUUUUAAAAAUGUAUCGAAAUGUAAAUAUAUGUAACUGUAAUAGUAAUAAUAAUAAUAAUUUUAAAAGUUUAUAAAAUAAAUAAAAUAAAAAAAGAAAUAAA